AUGGUUGCUGCGACUCCAAUAAAGACGAUGUGGAUCAUUUAUUAUUCUAAGAUAACAAAGAGGGAAAGUGCAACGAUAAUGGAACGCUUAUUCGCUGCAAUUAUGAUUACAGUGGAAGCGUCAUCACGCCCGUUCCCGUACAAGGAUCGCAAUGUGACCAACAUACUCGAUGCGUUUGAUAUUAUCAAAACUAAAAUGGAUUACGAACCAAGCCUGUCAAACAAGAAGAGAAUGGCAAAAUGGAGAAAGAAGUGGGGUAGAAAUAUUUAUGACACUCAGCCUAUCAAAAACGCGAUGGUUCAUAUAAUCCGUGAUCAGUAA